CAAGACGCUCCAAACUUUCGGAGCGCACCGCUGAAACUCUCCAAAGAGUUUUCACCCCCUGCUUCAGGACUGCACCGAAUGAAAGGAGACAGGAGGAAACUUUCACACUGAAACAAAGUAAAUUCAGCCGCGGAGAGCGACGGGAAUGGCGAACAAGCGGAAUGAUCCUCCAACCGAGCGGCAGAUGUGAGCCAAGAGGCCACCGGUAACGUUUUUUUUUUAUUUCCAAAAAGAGACGGGGGACAGGAUAGACAGAAGAGAGCACACAAGAGAGACUUAAAAGUCUCCGAGAACAGACUGCCAGAAGCGUCCUGUCACCUCUACACGAUGGUCGGUCUGUCGGGCUUCAGCUGGGUGUUCCUGAGCGCUCUCCUGCACACUGUGGCACCCUGGGGUGCUCACCGACCGGAUAGACCGAAGCAGUGCGACGCACCAAAGUCGCAAAGUGAUAUGAACUCUUUCCUGUGGAGAAUAAAGCGAGGGCCUCCUCACCCACCGUCUUACCUGUUUGGUACCAUCCACGUGCCCUAUACUCGAGUCUGGGACUUCAUCCCUGACAGGUCCAAGCAGGCUUUUCACAACAGCCACAACAUUUUCUUUGAGCUGGACCUGACCGACCCUUUGACGAUCUCCAAGCUGACCAGCUGCCAGCUGCUGCCCCACGGGGAAAACCUGCAAACCCUGCUACCUCGAGACUUGUACCGGCGUCUCAAACGCCACCUGGACUACGUCAAACACAUGAUGCCUUACUGGAUGACUGCUGACCAACGUGGCCGCGGCCUGUAUGCUGACUACCUAUUCAAUGCCAUUGCGGGAAACUGGGAGAGGAAAAGGCCAGUGUGGGUGAUGCUGAUGGUCAACUCAUUAACCGAGUGGGACGUGAGGUCCAGAGGGACGCCUGUGCUGGACCUGUUCUUGGCUCAAGAGGCAGAGAGGAUGGGGAAGACGACAGGGGCAGUGGAGCGGGUGGAGGAGCAGUGUCACCCCCUCAAUGGGCUCAACUUCUCUCAGGUGUUGUUUGCCCUGAACCAGACGCUGCUGCAGCACGAGGGGGUCCGAGCAGGCAGCCUGCAGGGCUCCUACACCACUGAAGACCUCAUUACACACUACAACUGUGGUGACCUCAACUCCAUCAUCUUCAACCAUGACACCUCACAGCUGCCUCACUUCAUCAACAGCUCCCUGCCAGCACAUGAUCGUAUGACAGCCCAGCAGAUCGACAGCUAUUUCCGCCAGGAACUCAUCUACAAACGCAACGAGCGAAUGGCUCGCCGGGUGUCCGCCUUGCUGCAGAGAAAUCCCAACCAGACGUACUUUUUUGCUUUUGGUGCAGGUCACUUCCUGGGGAACCACAGUGUGCUGGAUAUCCUGAGGCAGGAGGGCUACGAGAUCGUCCACAUGCCCCCCGAUCACCAAGAGCCAGUCACAGAGAGUAAUCCAGCUGAAGAGCCUACAGCAGGGUCCAGCGAGGAGGGCACUGAAACUUCUUCCACAAGCUGGCCAACCAGUCCACCAGAGACAGAGAUGGAGCUGCAGGACCCAGACAACAUGCCCAGCCUCGGAGAUGAGGAGCUGCCUCACAUGCUGCUUCCCGACAGCCUGAGCCAGCUGGAAGAAUUUGGACGACACAAACGGCCUCGCAAAACCCAUCGCGGUCAUGGCAAACCCCGCCUCUUCAGUGACCUCUGGGUUCGCAUUGGGGAUAGCACUACCCCACCACCCAGUGUUAGGAUAAUCAAUGGCUACGUGACGGUGGAUCCUCCUCUGACUCAUCAAGAGCAGCGCAGACGGAUGGAGAUCUAUCCCACAGAGCGACACCCCAGUCCAGCUUCCUCCACGUCACCAAACCCCAGCUCAGCCCAGCCAGCCUUAGUCCACAGCACUCUUACGUUGUUCUGUAUUUUAGCCUCUCUGUUGUCACAAAUGCUCUUCACUUCCUGACCACGAGACAGCGUUAUCUCACAGACAAACACUCAAGACGCCACUGCAUCCACACCAGAACAGUGGGAUGCACCUGAUGAACAAGGAAUGACCAUCAGCCCAUGCAGAAAAAAAGACUGAGGACACAACGUCCUGAGACAAGAUGAUCCUGCUGUCGGCCUCCACCUACAGGGAGGGAUGAGCUCCUUUGUGCCGAAAUGCCAAGUCUUUGGAAACUUGUCACGUCUCAAAAUGUGUGGAAUAAGCUCUCAGCCAUGACACAAGCAAAGUGUUGGACUUUAAACGGUGGAGUCUUCAAACCUCAUGAAAAUAUUAUAGUGAAGUAUGAAGACCUAAUUUUGAAGAGUUUGUUGACGGAAUCUUCUACCUAAUAAAAACUGUAUAGAAAAGUAAAUGACAUUAAUGAAACUAGAACAUGCUAAUAACAGUUAUAACUGAAAUGAAUGCAUACAAUAAGAAAGUACUGUGUAGGAGGUGGAGUACUCAGUUGCCACUUGUGUAAAUUGUGCAUUUUGUUCAUAAAGAAUUAUUGUAUAUUUAUUAUUUCUGGAAGAGUAUAUUUUCUUGCUUUUCGAAGCUAAAUGAAAAAAUAAACUUUGA